AUGCCCCGCGAUCCCCUCAUUGGCCUCGUCGGCAAGCCCUCCGCAGGCAAGAGCUCCACCCUCAACAGCUUGACGGAUGCCUCGUCCAAAGUCGGCAACUUCCCCUUCACUACCAUAGACCCCCAGAGAGCCAUCGGCUACCUCCAGAUCGACUGCGCGUGCGCCCGCCACAACGUCUCCGACCGCUGUAAACCCAACUACGGAGCAUGCGACGCGGGAAGGCGCUCCGUCCCGAUCGAGCUACUCGACGUCGCCGGCCUCGUCCCCGGCGCCCACCAGGGCCGCGGGCUGGGUAACAAGUUCCUCGACGACCUGCGGCACGCCGACGCGCUCAUCCACGUCGUCGACGCCUCGGGGACGGUGGACGCGGAGGGUAAAGAGACGAGGGGGUACGAUCCCUCCGUCGACAUCGCCUGGCUGCGGAGCGAGGUCGUCGCGUGGAUCCUGGGCAAUCUCAUGCAGAAGUGGGGGUCGAUCCGCCGGCGGCACAUGGCCAUCAAGGGCAACGCGGUGGAAACCCUCCAGGGCCAGUUCUCGGGCUACGGCGCGACGUCGACCGUCAUCAACCGCACGCUCGACCGCUCGGGCGUCAAGGAGCCCCUGGAGGACUGGAGCGACGAGACGGUGGCGCACAUUGUCAAUUGCUUCGUGGACGAGAAGUUCCCGACCGUCAUCGCGCUCAACAAGAUUGAUCACCCCGACGCGGAUAAGAACAUCUCCAAGAUCGCCAAGAUGCAGGAUCCCAAGACCAUUGUGCUCUGUUCUGCAAUAUCGGAGAUUUUCCUUCGGAAAAUGGCAAAACAAGGCUAUAUCAAAUAUGUCGAAGGGAGCGAGUUUGUUGAUACAAAAGAAGACCUCAUUGAGCAAGGAGACCCGACCGGUGGUGGCCUCAAGGACUUGGACGAGAAGAACAGAAAUCGCAUUGAGAACCUUAAGGAUAUGGUACUAUAUCGAUUUGGAUCCACGGGUGUCGUCCAAGUUCUUUCAAAGGCGGCAGAACUUUUGGGACUGGUUCCUGUGUUCCCUGUUCGCAAUACUUCAACUUUUAGCUCGGGCGCUGCAGAGUCCAAAUUCGUCUUCAGGGACUGUGUCCUUGUCAAGAAAGGUUCAACUGUCGGUGAUGUCGCCAAGAAGGUGAUGGGCGACGCACCAAUAGCGUAUGUGGAAGGAAUUGGGAAUAUGAGAGUUUCCGAGGACGACUUGGUUGCAGUGGGGAAAAAUGAUAUUCUCUCCUUCAAGGUUGGCAGGGGAUGA